CAUGGUCGGAGGAGGGCACUGCCGUGGGCUGGAAGGGGUCUCUCAGAACCGGCCCUUUCCUUUAGCUAUGUGAGCAGAGUUAAAGUCAGCUGGAUGGGCAGGUCCCUUGAGGGAAGAAUUGUUGUCAAAGUGCCCAGGGUUGGAUGAGCUCACCAGGGACCCCCAGUGAGCGGGGGACACAGGAGAAGCACUGUCCUGACUUCAUAGGUGACUGGGGGAAUCAUGAAAGGAGACUCUGUGAUCUAAGUUGCCAGAAAGCCAAUAAGCGGAGUAUGAGAUCUCCCCUGGGAGAGAGUGUUCCCGUGUGCUGUGCCCGCCCGGUGCUGUGGAGCCCAUGGGGGCACAGCCCUCGCUCAGCCCACGGGCCUCCUGCCUGCGCUGGAGCGGUGACGUCACCGUGUUUACACGGGCUCGUGGCAGGUUCUGCCAUCAGGAAUGUGGAGAAGGCCCCGCGUUGAACCAACCUGACUGUCAAGGCUGUCGUGUUAUGACGACCCCCAAUAAAGGAAACAAGGCCUUGAAGGUGAAGCGGGAGCCAGGCGAGAAUGGGACCAGCUUGACAGAUGAGGAGCUGGUGACCAUGUCCGUGCGGGAGCUGAACCAGCAUCUACGGGGCCUGUCGAAGGAGGAGAUCAUCCAGCUGAAGCAGCGUCGGCGCACACUGAAGAACCGGGGCUACGCAGCCAGCUGCAGAGUCAAGCGUGUUACCCAGAAGGAGGAACUGGAGAAGCAGAAGGCAGAGCUGCAGCAAGAAGUGGAGAAGCUGGCCUCUGAGAACGCCAGCAUGAAAAUGGAACUCGAUGCUCUCCGCUCCAAAUACGAGGCUCUCCAGAACUUCGCCAGAACCGUGGCCCGGAGCCCCGUGACCCCUGCGCGAGGGCCUCUCACCUCCAGUAUGGGGCCCCUCGUCCCUGGCAAGGUUGCUACUACCAGUGUCAUCACAAUAGUGAAAUCCAAAACGGACGCCCGGUCUUAGUGAAGCGAGUGCUGCCUGAGCUUGUCUGUGCAGGGCAAUUAGGCACAAAACCAGCCUGGAAUCCCCAAAGCACAAACCCUCUCCACAUGGGUCCAGGUUCCUUCGACUUGGCCCAGGACUGGCCCGCUGAUAGCUCCAGUUUAUUUUGUUGUGUCCAGAUUGGUAUGAGCAGUGGUGACGCGUCCUUUGUCCUGUGCAGACAGAGCCUUCCACCCAGCCGUCUGUAGCCCUCGGGUGCCCUGGGGAUGGACUGUGAGAAUUUGGUUUUCUGCCCAAAGAAAGUCUGUGCAGCAUGGCUGAUGGAAGGGCGGGGGGGUGGCCCAAGGGAGGCUUUCUUCCUGGGGGCUGGGAACCCUAAUUUUGGUCACUUCCAAAGGCUUUAUUUAAUGACUAUUCUGGGUGGUGCAUCUCGGCACAUGAACCUGCUGCUUUUGUCUCCUUUGGUACCCGUAGUUGCAGUCGGGAUGUUCUGUGUCGUAGGUUUUUAUUCCUUUCUAGGUGUGCCUCUGUGCCCUAACCGUGGGUUUCCCUCAGAUGUCCGUGGCAUUAGCUGUGUAAACUGGCAGUGGUGGGAAGGAUGACACUGCCGUGCUCUGCGGCUGCAGCCCCAGCGCCAGGGCCCUGCAGGGCCCCGCACCCUGGGGAGGGAGGGAGGGACGGUACCGUGUGGACUGCAGGCCGGUUUUGUGCCUAAUGUGUUGCACUGAACAAGACCAAAAUCACUAGUUGUUCCCAUGUUUUGAGGGUAUCAAGUGUCUCUAGUGUGAUGGUUUACACAACCAGUUUAUGUGGUUAAAUAGCCCUUUAUUUAAAGAGAGAAACAUCAUUUUAAGAUUAUUAAAUUAUCUAAGUUUAAAAUUGGACAGAAGAGAGAGCGUAUUUAUAGUCAGCUUUUUUUACCUGAGAAGGAGAGAAUAUUUGACCAUAUGAAUGGGGAAAUAUUCUCGGAGACUUUGCUAGUUAAAAGUUAAUAAAUAAAUAAUUUUAAAGUUUCUCAUGAACCUCCCGCAAACUGUUUGUGGCUCUGAGGUUAGUUUUUAUAAAGAGUUCUCAGACUUUAUUUAUAAAACUUAGAAAAAGACAAAAAAAGAGGCAAGUCCUGUUUGAUAUCUUUUUGCAAUUGUACCAAAAGUGACUUAUUCUUGACCUUGCUGGCUUCUGUCAUGUCCCCUCAUGUUGGGUGCUCUGCUCCCUGAGCUCUCUGCAGCACUGUGCUGGAGCCGGUGCCUUUGCCGUGUGCUGUCAUUUCACACUGUCGUUGUUUUCCCUAAACUCGACUGAGAGAUUGAGUUGGAAUCUCUCUGAAUUCUCCAGAAGAAUUCUGGUGCGCAGGCAAAGGUGCUGCUGGUUUUGAAAGCAAGACUGGCUGGCUGGUGCAGUGAUGCCUUCCCAGAUGUGUGCAGUGGGAGCAUGGGCAGCUCCUGCUGAGCAGCCGACGGCAGGUAACUUGGUUACCUGGAUAGGAAAACACUGCGCUGUCCUUCCUGCAGCAAAGCUGGCAGAGAAGUAACAUGAGGGAGGCUUGUCUAGGUUUAGAAGACUGAUGAGAUUUAUCUCUGGAAUUAGAUCCUGUGGUCAGAACUUGUGUUGCUCUCAUGGCUCCCUUGAACAAGGGGGGCAGGUCUGCCCACUGGGCAGCACGGGACCGGCUGGUCCCUGGUGUCUGUGCGUUGCUGGCCAGUGAGCUGUGGCAGGGUCACUGUCCUUCCUGGGGCAGCUUCCACCUGGGGGCUGGGAGAGUGCUCAGACUCACAGCUGUGACAUGGUUGAGAAGCUGUUUGUGGUGAGGCUCCAUUUCCACAAACACUUUGACCCCCUUCUCCCCUUCCCAAAGAUUUGAGCUGAUUUACUGAGUUUUAGAGAAACAGGACAUGAGGGUGAAGCCCGUGUGAUCUCCUGGCUGCUGAGGGUCAUCUGAGGGGAGGGGACAGACUGGGAUGGCACAACUGAAGCUGCAGUCUCGUGGGGAGGCACAGCCAUACUGGGUGGGUUUUGGGGAUGUUUCUCAUGUUGCUGAACUGAUACUGCUGUCCCCUGGGCUGAGGAGCAGAUCAGCCUGAGAAAAGCUGCAGUGUGGCAAGAGGAGCAGGUAGUUGCUGGGGAUUUCCUGCUGGAGGAGGAGAUCAGCUUUGCUCUGAAUGAGUGGGAGUUUAGGGAGGUGUUUGGGAUUCUUUUCCCAGUGAACUUCCCGAAUGGGGAGCAGGUUAGAACAUUGCCUCCAGACUUCCCCCUUCCAGCCCUGGACUUUCUUUUCUCUGAGCUGAAGUAUCUGACAUGCCACUUCCAGCCGCACCACAUGGGCCAUGCAUUGUGCAGCGCUCAGCAUGGAGCUUUGGGCUCUGGCCUUUGUCUUCCAGCUGGUGGUGUGGUGCCUGGAAGAAGUGAGAUUUUCCAAAACACAGUUUUGGAAAAAAAUAGUCCUGGGUUGUCAGUCCCAACCCUGUCCCGCCUGGACCUGGCCUGAGACUGAAUUGGCCAGAGCGCUUCAGAACCCAGCUGAGGCCUGAGCUGGCUGGGCCGGGUGAGCAGCAAAGGUGUGCGUGGGGCUGGUUCAGAGCUGAGCUCCACAGCUGGAGCCUCUGGUUUGAGGAGGGCCCCAUUGACACAGCAGGUGACGAUGGGUAGCCCUAGACCAUGGAGGGCUUGCUCCCUUUGUGCUCUGUGGCAGGGAGCGUGUCCGGUCCUUCCCUGCGGUGCUGCUCUGCAGUGAGGCAGGAUAGGGCCGGCAGCAGCACUGACUGCACCAGAUGUUAAUGCUCUUGUUCCUCCUGCCUGCACUGUCCUUGCUUGCUUGGAGCCCCAGCCUGCUCCAAGUGGGCCUGUGUGUUCGAUGAGGACUUGCCAUGUGGGGAGGAGCGGGUGAAGGCCAUGGCUGAAGGGUGUGGAUGUGGUAAACAAGCUCUGUGGUGCUGGGCUGGAUGUCAGCGAGUCCGCGGUCCCAUCCGAGUGCUGCUUCCCUAUGGUUUUGCUUUUGAUCUCAGUGAAGUGUAGGACCCCGAGUGUUGUAUUUCUGCAGUGUCCAAGAAGUCUCCAGUCCCCUGCCAGCUGGCUUCCCGUGCCCGUGCGAGGUGGCCCUUGCCCAAGCUGUCAUGCUGACUUCUCUCGUAUAUAGUGUUCUGGAGUGUGACAAUUCUUGUUCCUGAGGUGCUCGUCCGUUUGGUUUCCUGCUGUGAAGGCUGUCGUGUUUUCUUUCUUUUCCUGGUGCUGUUCCGGGGGGUUGGGGAAGGGUCCUGGUCCUGCCCCAGCCUGCCCGGGGAGCGUCCCCGGCACCCCCGGGAUUUGUGUAUCUUGUGAAUUGUGUACAGUCGCUCCCGGACGGAGCCGGGGCUGGCGGACGGCGGGGUCAGCCCGGAGGGCCCCGGGCUCGGUGCAGGCGGUAUUUAUUGCUAAGUUAUUGGCGUUAUUUAUUCUGUACAGUGUCCGCCGCCUUUGUACGCGACAAUAAACCGCUUCAACA